GUAGUAUCAACAGAUCUAAUGGUUUUUAAGAGUUGUAAUUAGUGGCCAUUAGAUCUGUAAUAGUUCUGUUGUUUUUGUCUGACUACUAGAAUUGUGAUUGCAAUUCUUUGAUAAAGAUUUUGUAUCUAGUUUAUUCACAUAUCCAAGUAUUGGAUUUUCAGAAACUGCUAAGGAGGAUUACGAAACAUGAAGCACAAAGAUGGAAAACCGUAUCAAUCGGAUAAAUGUUCAUGGAAAGUCCCCGUUGCAUUGACAGUUGUAGUGCUGUGUGGACUUUCUUUUUACCUUGGAGGAAUUUUUUGCUCUGAAAAGGAGAGAUAUGUAACUGAGGGCAUUAGCAAGGCAAUUGACACUCCCAUGGAAACUGCUACUCGGCCCGUCCAGAUCAAAGCCAUUUCAUUUCCUGAAUGUGCUGCUGAAUAUCAGGAUUAUACUCCAUGCACAGAUCCAAAGAGAUGGCACAAGUAUGGGCGCCAUCGUCUUGCUUUCUUGGAACGCCAUUGCCCUCCUAGUUUUGAGAGGCAGGAAUGCUUGGUACCCCCACCAGAUGGCUAUAAAUCACCUAUUAGAUGGCCAAAGAGCAGAGAUGAAUGUUGGUACAGGAAUGUUCCAUAUGAUUGGAUUAACAAACAAAAGUCCAAUCAACAUUGGCUUAAGAAAGAAGGGGUGAAGUUCCUCUUUCCCGGUGGCGGUACGAUGUUUCCCAAUGGGGUUAGUGCUUAUGUUGAUUUGAUGCAAGAUUUGAUUCCGCAAAUGAAAGAUGGGACAAUCCGAACUGCCAUUGAUACUGGAUGUGGGGUGGCGAGCUGGGGGGGUGAUUUACUAGAUCGUGGAAUUUUGACAGUCUCUCUUGCUCCAAGGGACAAUCACCAGGCUCAGGUUCAGUUUGCUCUGGAACGUGGAAUUCCUGCAAUUCUGGGCAUCAUUUCUACUCAGCGUCUUCCUUUCCCUUCAAAUUCGUUUGAUAUGGCUCAUUGCUCAAGAUGCCUAAUUCCAUGGACUGAAUUCGGUGGAGUUUACCUUCUUGAGAUACAUCGUAUACUCCGCCCUGGAGGUUUUUGGGUCCUCUCUGGCCCUCCGGUGAACUAUCAACGUCGAUGGAGAGGAUGGAAUACCACCAUCGAGGAGCAAAAAUCAGAUUACGACAAGUUGCAAGAGUUACUAACUUCAAUGUGCUUCAAGUUAUUCAACAAGAAGAACGACAUUGCCGUGUGGCAGAAGUUGUCCGACAAUAACUGCUACAAAAAGCUCGAUAAUCCCGACAACUAUCCCUCAAAAUGUGAUGAUGGGACCGAACCCGAUUCAGCGUGGUACACUCCUCUUCGGCCUUGUGUCGUUGUGCCAAAUCCAUCUGCUAAAAAACUCAAGUUGGACGCCCUCCCCAAGUGGCCGGAAAGGUUGCACGUUGCUCCUGAACGUGUUUCUGAUGUUCGUCGAGGUAGUGCUGGUGCCUUCAAGCAUGAUGAUGAUAAAUGGAAGGCCCGGGCGAAGCACUACAAGAAGUUGCUCCCAGCAAUUGGGACCGACAAGAUUAGAAAUGUGAUGGAUAUGAACACUUUGUAUGGAGGUUUCGCUGCUGCCGUGGUUGAUGAUCCGUUGUGGGUCAUGAAUGUGGUUUCGUCUUACGCUCCAAAUACACUUCCCGUGGUCUACGACAGGGGUCUAAUCGGAACAAUUCAUGACUGGUGUGAGGCUUUCUCAACAUAUCCCAGGACGUAUGAUCUCCUGCAUCUUGAUGGCCUUUUCUCAGCGGAAAGUCACAGAUGUGAAAUGAAGUAUGUUCUGCUGGAAAUGGAUCGUAUUUUGCGACCCAACGGAUACGCAAUAAUCCAAGAAUCCAGCUAUUUCAUAGACGCUAUUGCUACUAUGGCUAAGGGAACGAGAUGGAGUUGUCGUAAGGAAGCAACGGAAUAUGGCGUAGAGAAGGAGAAGAUCUUGAUUUGCCAGAAGAAGCUAUGGUAUUCAAAGCAGAAUUCAUGAUGAACUUGAACAGCCCACCAUUAAAAAUUUGCUGAUAAGCGAAAGGAAAAGUUAUAUAUUUAAGAUACCAGCCCAUAGGAGAUUAAGUCCACACAGCUCAGAUAUAUAUAUUUUUCUACAGAUCAUUAAAAAAAAGGGGAUUUUGAAUUGAAGAAUCAAUAGCCAAAAUAACCAUAUGCUAAUAUUUUGAUGGCUUUUUAAUGCAAUAUAUUCUUUGUAAGAACCCAAAGCUUUUGCUCUUGUGUGCCAGCUGGCCCUCGGGGAUUUCUCGGUGAUUAAAAAAGGAGCGUAGUGCUCUUCAGUUGUAUACUAUAUAUAUUUUUGAGAACAUUGAAGCUCCAUAUGUAUCUAGUUAGAUUUGUUCCUUUAAUUUUGAAGUCUUCUUGAAUGUAAGAAUUAUUAGCUCAAUUUUUCUUGUCACACUGCUUCUCGCUCAUGAAAAGUAGUAAUCAAAUAAUAUAUGUAUCUUAUUUGA